AUGAGAGGGACUCGACACCGUGCGCCGUCGCGCGGGGGAAAGCGCGCCAAGCGCCGGCCGGCCCUAACUACGCGGGCGCUCCUGGGCUCGGCGCGCAAGGCCCGGGCCGCAGGCGACUACCUUGCCUCGUUGGAGAUGGUUGAGACUCUGGCGGCUGCUGUGGAGGCCCGCUACGGUCUGGCGCCGGGCGCGCUGACCGGCGCCGCGCCGACAGGCCCGCCGUCGUCGGGCACCGCGGCUGUCGACGCCGCCUGCGUCUUUGUCCUCACCGAGCUCGCCCUCGCCCGGUUCCUCACGGGUGCCGUCGAUGCGUCUCGCGCCGCCGCCCUCCGUGCUGAGGCGCUGGCCGACGCCGCCGAUCCGUUGCCGCCGCGAGUCGUCGCCGGCCUUUUCCUCGUUCUCGCCCUCGUUGCCGAGGCCGACGGCGACGACGAGGGUAUGGCCGCCCUCCUGGCGGCCGGGUCGCGGUUGGUAGCUUCGGCGGACGCCGCAGAUGCUCUGGCUCGCGUCCCUUUCCUGCUCAACACGGCGCUGUUGGUCGAUCUGCCCGCCGCCGGCACUUCCGACUACACCGCCACUGGGCCCGCCCGUCCGCCAGCUCUGCACAAGGCCACCUCACGCGUCGCCGCAGCCCUCCGCAUCCUCGGUUCAGUUUUUGCGCCGAACAGCGCCACCCUUGCCGAUGCCCACCUACUUGCUGGCGUCCUCGCCGACACGGCCGGCGACGCCAACAAGGCACUCGCCCACUACGAGCGCGCCAUGGCCGACGGCGCUACGCCCGAGACCCUCCGCGCCGCCCUCCACAACGCGGGCCUCAUCCACGCCGACGCAGGCGCUUACGAGGACGCCUUUGCCGCCUUCCGCGCUGUCCACGCCAUGCUCAAGGGCGCGACUGAGCCUGCCGCACGCCUCCAACGCGCUGACGCCGCGAUGCACAUGGGCCUCGUCCUCCUCGCCACCCGCCGCCGCGCCAAGGCCAUCGCCCUCUUCCGCGCUGUCGCCGCCACCCGCAUCGAGCUUCUCGGCGUCGACCACGUGCUCUCGGCCGAAGUUGCCGGCGUCCUCCGCCCGCUCGAGGCCGCCGAGGCUGCGUCGUCGGCCGUCGCGGCCUCGCGAGUCGAGUCGACUCUCUCACGCUACGCCUCGGCCUAUGCUGCUGCUGCUGCCACAUGA